AUGACUCUCCAACCAAAGAACCUGCUCAUCAUCGGUGGAGGGCCAUGCGGGCUCAUAACGCUCCGCAACUGUCUCCACCGUGGAACGUUUUCCAAAGUCCAGCUCGUCGAAAGACGUGACGAUGUCGGCGGUGUCUGCCCUGACCAUCGCUCACGAUGGUCCACACCCGCAUACCCUGGACUCAUAGGCAACGUCAUACCCGAGUUUCUCUCCUUCUCAGAACAUCCUUUUCCAGCACCUCCAAGAGAACAUCAGCCAUUCCCUACGUUAGCAGAGACAAACGCCUACCUCAAGGAAUUUGCGCGCCCGUUCAUCGAGAACAUACGUUUGAGCUUCGAAGUAACUGGAGUGGAAGAGGUGGAGGGCGGUGGAUGGACGGUCCGCAUGAAAAAUUGGAAUAAAGGCGGUGUGGUAUCGGAGGAGACUUGGGAUGCGGUGGUUAUCACUACCGUUUGGUUUGAUAACCCGCAUCUUCCAGAUAUACCGGGUCUUCAAGAGCUGCAGCAGCAGCAACCCAAAAAAGUCCAGCACGCCAUAAACUGGACGGGUCCACACAGUGAUUACGAGGGAAAACGCGUCCUCGUCAUCGGAAAUGCAAACUCUGCAAACGAAAUGGCAGCUCAGCUCGCUCCCGUAGCUCAAACACCAAUAUACAGAUCCACCCGCCGAAUUUCUGUAUUUCCCUCCUUACCCGACACCCGCAUCCAAGACAUUGGCCCCGUAAAUCGCUACACCACUAAUGACAACAACAAAAUCACCGCGCACGUCCAAGACGAAACCACCAUUGAACAUAUUGACAUCGUCUUAUUCGGAACAGGAUACUAUCCGCACGUACCCUACCUCCGCGUCCUUCGUCCAGACCCAGACUCCCAGACCCGUGCUCGCACACUCGUACCAUUAACAUCACGCACAAUAGUACCCACUCGAAUCCCCUCCCUCCACAACCAAAUCCUCUAUGCCCAUAACCCCACCCUUGCAUUCAUAGGCGCGCCUACCUCUUUCAUCCCAUUCACCCUAGCAGACCUCACCAGCACCUGGCUCUCCCUUGCAUGGUCAGGGCUUAUCCCGAUACCCCCUACUCCUAAAGCCAGACUCAUAUACGAGCAAGGCCGCCUCCGCACCCUAGCUGAACAGCGCUCACAAUCCGACAACCCUUCCGACUUGAUCAAUUUCCAUUUCUUGGGUCGCUAUGAGAUGGAGUAUGCUAGGGGUCUUAGGGAGGAUGUCGUGAGGGUAAAUGAGUGUUUGGACAGGGUUCUUGCAAGGUGGGAUGAUGAGCAAGAUGGGAGACGGUUUGCGAUGUAUGCGAAGAAGAUGGAGAGUCUGCGAGCAUCGAGAGACUGA